UUUAGUCUGGCCAAAUCAAACGGACCGGUAGUUUAGUUUGGCCAAAUCAAACGCACUAAAUGAGCAGUUUGAGGCUUUCACACGGACUGGUUGCACUAUUAGGAGCACUGCCGGCAGGCGAGGAAGAUCUUCGUACUCCACGGACUCGGCGGCGUCGGGAAGACACAACUAGCCAUCGAUUUCGAUCGGCGCCACCAGGCUACGUUCAGCUCGGUCUUCUGGCUCGACGGCAGAUUGGAGGACCGCCUCAGACGGAGCAUUGCCGGCUGCGUUAAUCGGAUUCCCAAAGGACAAAUUUCCCGCUUGGGCCAGAACCAGGCCGAGGCUCACAGUAAGGACGAUCUCGAUGCUGCCGUGGCGAGCAUGGUGGAGUGCGCGGCCCGACAACGGCGACUGGCUCUUGAUCUUCGACAAUGUCGACUAAGACCACGAGCAAGGCGGCAUGAUGAGCGUGUA